UCGAGGUUUAGGAAGAGCAGAGUUCUUCACACUGGGAGACAAAAGAGACACGGAGACAUCAGCAUCAAAUUUCAUCUGUCUGAGGCUCUGCGACCGGCCUCCAACAUGCUUCGCUUGGUGGUCUACCUGACUGCAGUCCUCCAUUUUAGCACCUGUGGCUCAGAGGAGCUCUGCCAGGGAGAUCAGUGCGUCCUGUGCACCGUGACCGGCCCCACUGUCAUUGAUGUCCACAGCUCCGUCAGCUAUAUCGAGGACCGGUGUGGGUACACUCUGAUGAACACCUCAUCGAUCCCAGAUUUACUGGUCCACGCCACAUUCAAGGAACGACGCCGUCAAGAUGUCAGUUUUCUGGACCGUGUAAUCCUGUCUCUGGUUAAGCCAGGUGUUCAUAUUUAUCUGGAUCAAGGCGGGAGAGUUCAGCUGGACAACGUAACGAUGACGCUCAACACAACUGCCCAAGUCGUUCACGGUGUGGAGCUCUCUAAGAACAAGACCGGAGUGAGCGCCAAGAUGUCCAACUCGAACUACACAGUGACGGUCUUCUUUGAUGGCUACACCGCACAGAUACACAUUAAAGGACCAAGUGGACAAGUUCCAUUUGUGGAGGGUUUAUGUGGCAACUCCAGCAUCAGUGAAGCGAGGUCCUCUAACUACAGUGCCAGUGGGUGUGAGACGCAGUACGUGGACACCAGUAACAGUACGAUCGACUGCAACAAAACAACUGAACACUGUAAUCUGCUGAAGGAGGCGCCCUUCAACACCUCUCACAGCAACAUCAAACCUGACCCCUUCAUAACCGCCUGCAACUACACUUUGUGCAAAUAUCCUGCGGUGGACGGUCUCAAGUGUCAGUUCCUGGAGGCCUAUGCCAGAGCCUCCAGCCUGUUCAUCAAUGACACACUGGCGGGCUGGAGGACAAAUGCCAACUGCUCCGAAGAGCCUCAGGCCUUCUGUCAGGACCAGUUCUGCAGUGCUCAUGAAUUUUGCGGCGAUAACAGCGCCGGUAAUGGAACACGUUGUCACUGUCGGGCCAUAUUUGCCUCCCCUUACAGAUCCCAAAACUCUUUAGGUGAUUUGUUGGUGUGCAAUGGCACUUCUUCGCAUACUACCCUGGUUGGUUGUCUCCUGGAGGACAGAAACAUCCACUACACUGAAUUACACCUCUAUGACAGCUCAUGCAGAGCUGAACAGGACAACGUGACGCACGCGGUGACCAUAGCCUUUGACAGCGAGUCCAACCCCUGUGGGACGAUGAUCAAGAUGAGCAACGACAGCCAAUAUAUAAACAAGAAUGGCAUCAUGGUGUCGUCUAACAGCGAGGAAUUGCUCGACUUCAGCUGUCCCUUUUCUAUUCCAGCUAUAAGCUUCAAUUUCUCUAUGGAAAUCAAAAUCAAAGACAACACCAACAGCUCCACGGUCGCGUAUGCUACAUUUGGAUACUGGAACACCACUGUGACCAUGAAGGCCUACAGCGACCCCGGCCGCACACAGGCUGUGGAUGCGAACAGCACGCUCCACCUGAACCAGAAGAUCUGGUUUGAGUUGAAGGCGGACACCCUGGAUGAUCAGGUUGCUUUAGUGACGCACUCCUGCUAUGCAACCAGUGAACCAUCGGCCAAUUCGAGUCUGAGAUACAACCUCAUCAUCGAUGGCUGUGCAAACCCUGCCGACAACAGUGUGACUGUGGAGGGCAACGGGGAGAGUGCGUCCAACUACUUCUCCUUCAAAAUGUUCCAUUUCAGUGGGAAAUCUGGAGACGUCUUCCUGCAUUGCUCAAUGAGCCUGUGUGUCAAAGCCAACGAGACCUGUAACCCGAGCUGCGGUCAAAGUAAUAGGAGACGUAGAUCUGUCACAUAUGAAGAGGAAAAGCCAACCUUCAUCAUCAUGGCCUGGGGCCGUUAGGUUGUUUCCACGGUGACUCUGCGACGUGUAGACCUCCGGAACGAGUCCCGAUCAAGAGUCUGGACGCCUGAAUAUCUUCAAUUUUAUAAACAUCUCCUGAAAAGAUUAGCUCAGUUAAUCAUCGCUGUGAAGUGUAGCAGCCAAUCAACUGUCUGAAUGAGUGUCUUCAGCACUGUGUUACAUCUUUUCACUGUCCCUCUAGGAUCUCACACUUUUGUAAUAAUUAUUGGGCCCCAAAAAUGUUCUUUAAAGUCUCAUAUUUGAAAUUAUUUUGAGAUGUAUUUUAAGGGUUAGACCACAAAAAAAAAAAAAAGACAAAAUGUGAUUUCCUACACGGACAGAUUCUAAUUAUAGUUUCUUUCUGCUCAUACUAUACGGGGUCUCUAUAUAUGGACUAUAUUUACAGUCCAACCUUAAAGAUAAUUAAAAUAUUUUCUAUCUUUCUUUAUGUAAGAUUAGAAAAUACAGACGUAGAGUCAGGACAAGGUUAGCUUAACUUGUGUGCAGGAGGCACAGAAGUGUUUUAUUUUAUUAAAUAAUACAUUUUAGAGAGUUUCCCCAAAUCACAUUUAAUUAGAUAAUUGUAGGAUGAGUAAUAAAGAGGAAGUUAAUCGAGGCUUGUUCAACUGUAAUUGGAGGACAGAGUAAAAAAGGGGGCGGGGCUUAAGACAGGUAAAUUAACAGCGUUGUAUCUAACUUGUUUAAUCUGUACACAAACAGAGGAGGAGUUACAGGCGGGAACAAUUUCUUGGUGAACAACCGGUCGCGCUAACCUCCUGGCGAUAGAAAUUGUUCCAGCACAUAACUCUCUAAACCCACAAACAUAUAUAUUAUUAUUAUAUUUCCAUUUGUAAAUGGAUUAAACAAACAAUAUACAACAUAGCUGGCCGUAUCUCCCUGCGUCCAGUCUUUAUUCGAAGCUAAGCUAACCACGUCCUGACUCCAGCAGUCAAUG